CGUGAGCAGGGCGGCCAAUGGGUGACCAGCACAGGUUUAACUAUGUUUAAUGUCAGAUAGCAAUAAAGUAGAAGCUGCCGGCCGGGCCCCGCGGAAAUGGGCGAGCAUAAUCUCUUGAAUCCCGGGUUUGUGGGGCCGCUGGUGAACAUCCACACGGGAGACACCUUCUACUUCCCCAACUUUCGCGCGUCCGGGGCGCAGCUGCCCGGGCUGCCUUCGCUGUCCUACCCGCGCCGCGACAACGUGUGCUCGCUGCCCUGGCCGUCGGCUGAGCCGUGCAAUGGCUACCCGCAGCCCUACCUCGGCAGCCCCGUGUCGCUCAACCCGCCCUUCGGCCGCACGUGCGAGCUGGCGCGCGUGGAGGACAGCAAGGCUUACUACCGGGAGCCGUGCGCCGAGGGCGCCGGUGGCAGCGCCCUGAAGCGCGAGGAACGCGGGCGCGACCCGGGCGCCGGACCCGGGGCGGCGCUGCUGCCGCUCGAGCCGUCGGGGCCGCCCGCGCUCGGCUUCAAGUACGACUACGGGGCAGGAGGCGGCGACGGCGGCACGGGACCCCCGCACGACCCGCCGUCUUGCCAGUCGCUGGAAUCCGACUCGAGUUCAUCCCUGCUCAACGAGGGCAACAAGGGCGCCGGCGCGGGCGACCCCGGCGGCUUGGUGUCGCCGUUGAACCCGGGCGGCGGGCUCUCGGCCAGCGGCGCGCCCUGGUACCCGAUCCACAGCCGCUCACGGAAGAAGCGCAAGCCCUACUCAAAGCUGCAGCUGGCUGAGCUGGAGGGCGAGUUUUUGGUCAACGAGUUCAUCACGCGCCAGCGCCGGAGGGAACUCUCGGACCGCUUGAAUCUUAGUGACCAGCAGGUCAAGAUUUGGUUUCAGAAUCGGAGAAUGAAGAAGAAAAGACUUCUGUUGAGAGAGCAAGCCCUCUCCUUCUUUUAAGGAAGGGGAGGGGGCAAGCCGCACAGGGUGCCAACCCCAGACUGAGCCUGUCCCUGGGCAGGGAGCAAAGGUGAGGGGCGCUGCCUGGGACACAGUCCACCU